CGUAGAGCUGGAAUCGGCGACACAUCGCGCUAGGGACCUGGAGCGCCCUGGCGCGCUGGCUCCGGGCGGUGACCGAGCGCGCGCGCCUGGGCACCUGUCGGCCGCCCACGCGCCGGCGUCCGGCGGUGUGGGCCGCCAGCGGGUGCAGGAGUUCGGCGCCCUGCGCCCGGCGUGGGACCCUGGCCGUGCCCGGCCGGCGGACCCCGGGGCCGCGCGCGGCCGCGGGGAUGCCCGCGCCGAGCCGGCGGCGGCCGCUGGCGCCACAGGGCCCGCCUCUCAGAGAGAGGCGCGCUCGAUCGGCCGCGUGGUGGAGCAGCUCUACGACAUGUUCAACCGCUGCGACGCCAACGGCACCGCGGCGUGCUUCGUGGAGGACGUGGUCUACGAGGACCUGCUCCUCGGCAGCUCUACCAUCGUGGAGUCGCGCGAGGACUUCCGGAAGCUCAUCCAGUCGCACCCAGUCUUCCUCGGGUACCGGGCCUGCAAGGCCGCGGGGCUGCCCCCGCCAGACGUGCGGGUCGUGGUCGAUGGCAUCUCGGAGGACCUCGCGCGGCGGACCGUCGGGGUGGAGUGGCACGUCGAGGUGAACGGCAUCCACUGGGGCUCGGUCGUGGCAUCAGCUUCUUCCGGAUCUGCCCCACGACUGGCCUGA